CCACUCUCUUAAACCAAAGCAAUCCUCCCUCUAAAAAGCUUGGUCUUCCUAAAUCAAACAAAAGCAUCAUCCUCUGCAACGUUUUCCAUCUCCAUCAGUGAGGGGUGGGGGAAGAUGGAUGCAUACAAUGUUUGAUGCAAGAUCCUUAUCAUUGUUGGGUCAAAAUCCCACUCCUUGGAACUGCAGCCUAAAGAUCUCAAAUGACUGACCAAAAGUAUUCUGGCAAAUGGAUGCAAAUAAUUUUUCCAUUGCUCCUGAUUUUCUUUUUUAUUGUAUUAAUAUUUUGUCAUCUUUGAUUCUGUAAUGCCAAAUUUGGCUGCACCCACAAUUAUGUGGCUUGUGUUCAAUUGUGCAAGACCUUGUAUACCUGCCUUCGCAGUUCAACUGUCUAACCAAAUUCUUCUUCUUCGAUCUUUUAAAGAAAUCAGGAAGCAGUUUAUAUACUUUAUGCCAAGGGCACAUGCAGGGUGCUUUGGCUAUACGAUGCAUAUAGGUUUGAAGAAGGCAAAGUCACCUGGAAGAGGCUUCGACAUACAUUUAGGUAAAAUGAGAGACAGCACAGUGCUGAUUUGUCACCAAAAUAACAGCCAAGUAGUAGAAGCAUCUGCACCUUCAGUUGAGAAAGAUUUUGCCUCUUCAGUAAAAGCAGCUACUGAAGCUCCUCCAUCGUCAUUUCAAUUCUAUGUCUGGUCAGAUGUGGGAGUUAGUCUUCAUGUUGAUUUAAAUUUGUCCCCAACAGAUUGGACUAAUAGGUUUAGAAACGAGGUUUGCAUAAGUGAGAAUCUGCAUGAAAACAAAUCCCGAAGCCUUUGGCAGGAUCUCAGUGACUUAGCCGAGAAUUCUACACAAGGAAAAUCUUCCUUUCUGUGGAGUACAAAUUCUGGACAAAUUGAUGAGCAUGAUAGUCAGGCCAGGUCUCCCUCAAGCUUGAAACUGACAAAAGAUGGAGCUACAGAUUUAGAUAAACAGAAUACAGAUGGCAGUCCUUUGAUAUGUAAUUCAUUGACUCCAUGCAGCAUGACUGUAAAAGUGAAAGAUAAUUUACAGGAAAAGCAUUCAACUCUUUCAGCUGAAGCUAGAAAUGGUGCACUGAACACUUUUAUUUGUGGUGCUGAAUCUUGUGCUAAAGACAAUUCUAAGAAAAUCAUCGAUUCAGAUGCUACCAAUAUGCCAUUCAUCAAGUCAAUCUGUGAUUCUGUUGUCCAAUCACUGUCAUAUCCUGGCAUACUAGAACUUCAAAAUUCAAAACCUGAUAAUGAAUGUUUUGAGGAUUGUGCUCUGCUAAAUGAUUCUUGCUUUGUGAAUCCUAGUUCGGUGUGUGCUGGAGCUUCAGUAAGUAGUUCUGUGGGAGUACAAAACUCAGAAGUUAUAAAUUGUCGUAAAUAUGGAUCAGUUUCACUCUAUGGCAAUGAUGAUUCCCUGGAUUUAAGUGAUCCAAAGAGCACUUUUCCUGACAUGGAACAGGGUAGACUUUCCAAAACUGAGAUCAUUUUUGAAACUGAUAGCAACAAUUUCACAUCACUAACUGAUGAAUGGGAGGGUGGCAGGAUUGUUGAUCGAAGGGAGAGUUCAGAAUGCUCCCAAUUUGGUGAUCCACCUAAGAAAUCUAGCCUAGAUUGUGAUGAUCCAGAUUCUAAAAUGGAGCUCAGCAAAAAGAGAAAAAACAGAGACUCUGAGAUUCAAGUUUCAAAUGGUACGACAAGAGUUUUACGAAGCAUGAAGAAUACUGGUAUGAAGCUGCCCAGAAGAUCCAUGAGGCUAAUCUCCAAGUGAGUUCAUGAAGUGCUUGGUGCGUUAUUUGGGGUAAUAAAUUAGUUCCAGAUUUUUCAACAAGUCAUAAUCCACUGUUCAAAAGUUGAAAAAGGAUAUUUAGUAGGUUGCUCAUUCUUUUGGAAGAGGUUAUAUCCACAGUAAUUAAAAAGCUAGGUGACAUUUUUGGAAGAUUUCAGUUAUCAAACAACUAAAGAAUGUGCUAUAGUUCUGUCUAUUUUUGGCAUUUAGAAAUGAUAAAAGUCAUUGUUUGUUUUAAUAUUUAUAUUUAUCCUUUAAGACACUAUUUCUGAUUGUAUAUUUAUACGAGAUCAUAUUAUUUACCAUUAAAUUUUCUUAA